CGGAGUGAUCUGAUAGGGACUACACCCAGGCGCUGCCUGCUUGUAUGCAUUGGCUUUCUUUAUUGCCCGAGACUAGACGUUUGUGAACGUCGAACUGUGGGUAUAAUUGGUGGCAAAUAAUUGACCUGUUUGCAAUUUAACUAUCUGUUCCUGGAUAAUCAUAGACCGUAUAUUUCACAGCUUAGAGGGAGGUUAGUUGUUGAUCAAGUACUCAAAUAUGUCUUGGCAAAGCUACGUGGAUAACCUGAUGGCCGAUGGCAGCUGUCAGGAUUGCGCCAUUGUUGGUUUUACGGACGCCAAAUACGUUUGGGCAGCACAUGCCGGUGGUUCGUUUCUCAAUAUAACGCCACAAGAGAUUGAUGUAAUUGUGGGGAAGGACAGGCUGAGCUUCUUCACCAACGGUAUGUCCUUGGGCCAGUCAAAGUGCUCAGUCAUCAGAGACAGCAUGCAGAUUGAUGGUGACUGGACGAUGGACAUCAGGACAAAGAGCACAGGAGGGCCAACAUACAACAUUUCUGUAGGAAAGGCUUUAAAAGUCUUGGUUCUUGUAAUGGGCAAAGAAGGUGUCCAUGGAGGCGGAUUGAAUAAGAAGGCAUACUCGAUGGCAAAAUACUUGAGGGAUUCAGGGUUCUAGUGUCACCAAGCUUGCUUAGUUAAAAUUGAGGGACAAACAGAAAGAAAUAUUGCUGUUAAGAUUUCUCCUGCAAGCAGUCAAAAUGUCUUGGAAACUUUGAUAGCAAUGAAGAAUGGUUGUGGUGGUAAGAGCCUGUCAACUUUGCUCUCCUCUCCAAUCGGGGAGUGAAAAAAACUCUUCAAUUUUGUUAAUUUCUUUUUUUCCCUGUGUACUCCAGUAUUGGUUAUAGUCAUGGGAAAGGAGGGGAUCCAUGGCGGACUUCUCAACAAGAAAGCUUUUACCAUGGCUGAAUACCUGAGGAAGUCUGGAUAUUAAAGCAGCCUCCAUCCAUCCAUCUACUAUUCACUCUCAAUCACCCCAUUGUAUCGACACUAUAACACUAUGUCCAGGACUAGUUAGCAAACCAGUAUACUGUGCUGUUACUCCCAAAGUCAAAUUUGUAUGUACUUUUGUUUCGCGCUGCUUUGAUCCCCUUGUACACACUCUUACUUGCAUAAAAUGACAUUUUACUCCUCUCUCACUUUCUGACAAUACAGUAGGAGCAUGUUCAUCUAAAGUGGUUGAAAUGUGUAUUUACCAACAACAAAAAAGUGUGCAAACAAUAAAUGAAUAAUAAAUAACAGAAGUGAAUGAUGCAUUUGGACUCGCCUUGUAUAAACCAAUACCCAACUGGCAGAUGGUAGAAAUGGGAAGCACACCAAGACUAAUCAUUAAAUGAUAGAGAUGGUCUUGAGUAGCCUUUUGAGCAUUACAAGGAGACCCCAGGGUCAUGUAGUCUUCCUUUUUCUCUUCAGCAUGCCAGGAUUUGAAAGUUGCAUUUAGUGUACAGAAUUGAACUCUCGUUUCUGUGCCGCCCUCAUAUGUUGAUGUUCCAGCCAAAGUGUUUCCAUUCUGCCAUCAAGUCUGUGUCCAUUUCUUAUGGGGCAUACGCAUAAUUAAAUUGAGCUUUCCUCUGAACUAGUCAUUUGUCCCACCACAGACAUUGUGACCCUCAAGCACACCAAAAAAACAAUGUUCAUUAAUGCUUUUGCUGUUGUACUUGAAUGUGGUCUUAAGUCGUUGUGGUGUUGGAAUAUUGUUUAGAGUGUAAUGACAGAUCAGCGUUGUUGAGGUUUUCAGAUAGAUAUUCUUCCCAUGGUCCUUCACUAUCCUGGAGUUUACAUGGACAUUCCAUCUUUGACAGCUCAGGCAUUUAUCUAUUGUCUGCCACCUGCUACUUAACUUUGCUGCUGAGAUUAAGCAGUAAGGCCGUAUAGCCUCCCUACAUAACCAUCUUGUCAUGUCAAGUCUUUUUCAUUGGACCAAGUGUUCUGUAAGUUUUAGGGAUUCUCAAAUGCUACAAACCCUUGUGAUGGAUGAAUGUUGACAUUUGUUGACUGUAAAUUAUUAGAACAUUAUUCAGACUGUAAAACAUUUUCUGAUAUGUCUGAACACUAUAUAAGUGAUUGGAUCAAUUCAAAUAGUCUAUUACAGACGGCAUCCUAAAUUCUAAAUUGUAUUCUCUAAAUGAAUGCAUUGACUGGAAAAAUAUACCCAAGCAAUGCUCUUCGAAUUAACUGCCUUGUGCGCUACAUGUAUAUGUAUAUACAUAUAUAUAUAUAUAUAUAUAUAUAUAUAUAUAUAUAUAUAUAUAUAUGUACAAAAAGUAUCAAACUGUCAUCAAUGGUAUAUUGAAGAGAAAGUUAAAACUGUACACUGCAUUUAUGAAAAAUUGUGUUGGUUGGAAUAAGAACAUUUGUAAGUUGUCUUGUGUAAACCUUAUGAGAACUGUAUCCUGUGCCAUAAAAGAUCUGAUCUGUUCCUGAUUUGUAACUGCUACCCCACGAAAGACUAACUUAAUGGCACUUUCCCAAAGGAUAUUGUUGCACCAACCUGCUCCAGGCUUUGUGGGUUAUGUACAUAUUAAAACGAACUUCUCGCAAUUUGUGAUCUCAUAUCUUUGCAUUUGAAUUUAAUAUGAAACAUAAACAAUGCGUUUUGAUUAAAGUAGGGGAAAUGCCAUGAAUUAAUAUAUACACCCCUUGUUUACAGGCAGAUCUAAUAAAAGUUAUUCCAACCUUUAAA